AAAAAAGCUUCGUCAUCCCGAGUGCUUUUCUCCCAGCUAUCGAUCCAGCUUAAUCGUGCGCAUCGCCAGAAAUGCAUAUUUGUUUUGUUCUCCUCUUGGUGCGCGCACUGCACACACACUCCCUAGAAACUCAACACUCAACUCACAUUUAUUCCUGGUCUUCCAACCAAUACCCCCAACAAACUCAAAAUGGAAAUCCAACCUGCUGUGUUGACAUAUAGAGGUAUGUGUACCGACGAGCACGUGACCUCCCGGCGCUCCGUGGUCUUGGAAAAGCUGGCUGGUGUCGGCGGCUAAUGCCCCUUGUUCCUCCUAUCUGAGGAUAUAAACACUGAAUGACGCCGUGCUCCCCAUGAAAACAGAAUCGAGCGAAUUCGCCCUAAAAAUAACAGCAAUCAUUUGUAGCAGAGCGGCGGAACAUGACAACGGGCAAUUUCAAUUCUGCCCGCCGUGGACCCCGAGUCUGGAACUGUGCAUGUGCCCGGGCUCAAAGUUGCUCAGCCUCAAAGUUGUGUUUUUCUUUGCGCUGUCAUCUUUGCCUCUGCUGUCGCUUUUCUCCAGCCCAAAAGUGAGGAUUUUAGCCUGUUUCCACCGGCAAACGGGCUGUCCCAUUCUGUUCCUUGCUCGUACUCAAAUUUGGGCCACGUCACGCAACCUUGCAUUUUCCCACGCCGCCAUCGAUAACAAACAUGACAUCGGCCAUUUCAGACCGCUUUUUCUCGCUUCCACUUGUGACCGGUGCCGCAAGGCCGUUUCCGGGCCAAUUUCGUCGUCUUCAUGACAUACUAACGCAUCCAGGCACUUUUGCAGAGCCGCUCACCGAGUACUUGACCUUGACCAACACCACCCCUGAGCCCUUGGCGUUCAAAGUCAAGACCACCG